AUGCACUUCCUUUUACUCGCCGCUGUGUUCCUCUUUACGCACGACCUGGACUCCGUGCGCUCUGACAAAUGCGCCUCCCGGUGCGACGUGAGCUCAUGUCCGAGCCCCAGCUGCCCCGGCGGGUACGUCCCGGACAGAUGUAACUGCUGCCUGGUGUGCUCGCCCCGUGAGGGAGACCCCUGCGGCCGCAAAAACGACCUGCCCUGCGGGGAUGGCCUGGAGUGCAAGCUGCUCACCGCGGGGAGGCGGCGGGGCUCCAAAGGCGUCUGCAGGUGUAAGAUGGAACUGGAAGUGUGUGGAAGCGACGGGAAAACGUACGGAAAUGUGUGUAAAAUGAGAGCGGCCAGUGAUAAAGCUCAGCACAAGGGGAGACCCGCAGUGAGCCAAGCGCACAAAGGAGCGUGUUCGCCUCCAGGCGCAGGUCCUUCUCUGGUCCGUAUCAGCAGCCCUCGCUACAAGUUCAACUUCAUUGCUGACGUAGUGGAGAAGAUAGCACCUGCUGUCGUCCACAUCGAGCUGUUUGUCAGACAUCCUCUGUUUGGUCGCCAUGUGCGUCUCUCCAGCGGCUCCGGUUUCAUUGUGAGCCACUCGGGUGUGAUUGUGACCAACGCUCAUGUGGUGACCACAACUUCCGCGGUGAUGGGGAGGCCUCAGCUGCGUGUUCAGCUGCACGACGGCGACGCGUAUGAGGCCGUAGUCAGAGAUUUAGACAAGAAGGCCGACAUCGCCACCAUCAAGGUCAAUCCACAGAAGAAGCUCCAUGUGCUGUCUCUGGGCCGUUCGGCUGGUCUGAGGCCGGGGGAGUUCGUGGUCGCCAUUGGCAGCCCCUUCGCUCUGCAGAACACCGUCACCACCGGCAUUGUCAGCACGACGCAAAGAGAUGGCAAGGAGCUGGGCAUCAAGGACUCGGACAUGGACUACAUCCAGACUGAUGCUAUUAUCAAUUAUGGCAAUUCAGGAGGACCUCUUGUUAACUUGGAUGGGGAGGUUAUCGGCAUCAACACUCUCAAAGUGACAGCUGGGAUCUCCUUCGCUAUCCCCUCAGACAGGAUCCGCCGCUUCCUCACAGAGUCAAAGACCAAACACAGCAAAGAAAAGACAAGACUGCAGAGAAGACUUACAGAGGAACCACAAUCUGAUGCAGAAGUGUCAGAAGUAAAGAGAUAUUUUUUAGGCAUCAGGAUGAUCACCAUCACCAAAGCUCUAGUAGCAGGGCUGAAACAUCAGAACCCAGACUUUCCUGAUGUCAGCAGUGGGGUUUUGGUGCAGCAGGUCAUACCUAACACUCCAGCAGAAAAGGGAGGGAUUAAGGAAGGGGAUGUUAUAGUGAAGCUGAACGCACAGCCAGUCAACACCACCGAUGACAUCCGUGUGGUGGUGCAGAGCAACAAGCCAAUCCUGCUUGAGAUUCGCAGAGGGAACGACGACAUGCUGUUCAACAUCCAGCCUCAGCUUGUAGCGCAUUAAAGAACAGCUUCAAGGGUGAACAAAACUUGGAUGGGACUGAGUAGAGGCCAUAAACAAUGUACUGCAAGGAAUUAAGAAUAAGCUACGUGUGGAAAUUAGAAGUGAUGUUUUAUGAUUUCAGUUCUGAUUUUUGAUAAAAACAAGAAAAAAAAGUGCAUUUUCUUUUAACUUGUACCAUUUUUUUUCUGAAUUUUGCAAAUUUUGCAAAUCAUUUUUUUCCUAUCAUAUAGUCUUUGUUUGAGAAAUACAGUUGUUUAUUGCGAUGCUCAAACAACGUAUGAGUAGAAUCUACUGCACUGACACUGAAAGAGCUUCAGAAUAAAAGCUUCCAAAGAAG